AAAACGUGAUUUUCCAAAUUAAAAAAAAAAAACAAAAAAAAACAAAAAAUAUAUCAUAGGACUUUCCACGCUGUUGAUUGUUUAACAUUAAUUCAAAUAAUUAUUCGCUUUUAUAUUAAUUAUACAAAAACAAUAAACAUAUUAAUUAAUCAUCGUUAUGGCCGUCUCCACAGAGCAUAUAUUUUCUAGCGAAGAAAAGGAUCUGGAUAAACCAUCCGGAUGCUUUCAAAAGCGAUUUUUCGUGACGUUUAUGUUAUUUUUGGGCAUGGCAAAUGCCUAUGUAAUGCGUACAAAUAUGUCGGUGGCUAUUGUUGCCAUGGUUAAUCAUACAGCUAUCACAGAUGGACAUGAUGAUGUCUUCGAUGAUGAAUGUCCCAAUUGGAAUCUCACGGAAGUGGAAGAAAGUCAAGAUGGUGAGUUUGUUUGGUCAUCGGCUCAACAAGGUUAUAUAUUGUCGGCGUUCUUUUAUGGUUACGUUAUUACUCAGAUACCCUUUGGAAUGUUGGCUAAAAGAUAUGGUGCUCUUAGGUUUUUGGGCUACGGCAUGUUAAUUAAUUCGGUGUUUGCCUUCUUCGUGCCAAUAGCAGCUCGCCGAGGAGGUGCCUGGGGAUUGAGUGUUAUACGUUUCAUUCAAGGACUAGGCGAAGGUCCCAUUGUGCCUUGCACUCAUGCCUUGCUCGCCAAAUGGAUUCCACCGAAUGAAAGAUCACGAAUGGGAGCUGCUGUUUAUGCGGGCGCACAAUUUGGUACUAUUAUCUCUAUGCCCUUAUCGGGUCUGUUAGCUGAAUACGGUUUCGAUGGCGGUUGGCCAUCAAUAUUUUAUGUGUUUGGUGCGGUUGGCACAAUUUGGUCCGUCGCUUUUAUUAUAUGGGUGUAUGAAGAUCCAUGCUCGCAUCCCACGAUCAGCGAACGUGAGAAGAAAUAUAUCAACAAUUCGCUCUGGGGUACAAGCGAAAUGAAGAUACCGCCCAUACCUUUCAGAACGAUUGCGAAGUCAUUGCCUUUCUAUGCUAUUCUUUUGGCUCACAUGGGUCAUAACUACGGUUAUGAAACACUCAUGACAGAAUUGCCGACUUACAUGAAACAAGUGCUAAGAUUUUCCUUAAAAUCCAACGGCUUGCUGUCAUCUUUACCCUAUCUGGCCAUGUGGUUGUUCUCAUUAUUUAUAUCGGUGGUAGCCGAUUGGAUGAUUACAUCAGAACGUUUUAGUCAUACGUCAACGCGAAAAAUUAUGAAUUCCAUAGGUCAAUAUGGUCCUGGUAUAGCUUUAAUAGCGGCCUCCUAUACUGGCUGUGAUCGUGUCUUAACACUGGCCAUUCUCACCGUUGGUGUAGGCUUGAACGGUGGCAUUUAUUCUGGUUUCAAGAUCAAUCAUUUAGAUAUAACUCCCAGAUUUGCUGGUGUCCUAAUGGCUAUCACAAAUUGUUCGGCAAAUUUGGCUGGCUUACUGGCGCCUAUUGCUGCCGGCAACUUAAUAGAUAAUCAGCCCACAAUUGCCCAAUGGAGUAAAGUAUUCUUUAUUGCUGCAGCUGUCUACAUUAUCUGCGGUACUAUCUUCAACAUUUUCGGUUCAGGUAAACGGCAACCUUGGGAUAAUCCUGAGAAUGAUCAUAUUAAUGAUAACCACGAAGCACAACGUCACAAUAGCAGUGCUCCAGUCACUAUAGUCCCUGCGUCUCCUGAGAAAACUAAGCAGUAGUCGUGUCAAAGAUCUUAUUAUAUGUAGUCCUUUAAGUGUCAAGUCAAGCAAAAUGUGGCAACUAAGCACAUAAUAUCUAUUCAAAAUACUAAUAGUAAAUUAAAUUUUUAUUAUAAUUUGUAAUAUAAUUAAGUAGCACAAGAAUCAGUAUAAUUUACUUACUUUAACUAUAAAAAUAUUUAAUUUUUAAUUUUCUUUAAAAGUUUAAGUUAAAAAACAGAAAAAAGCGGAAACGAAAAAUUAGUUAGUAAGAAUAAGACAUGUGAAGUGAAAAUUGAAAAAGAAAAACAAAAACAAGGAAGCGAAGAAUAAUCAGUAAUUUAAACACAUACCUCAUUUUAUGCAGCCAUGUAUACCAAAUAUCAUUACAGGGCGACAGGCAUUACUUUG